CAAAAGUCUUUUCAAAAGAAAAACCUGAAUUUUCAAAAUUUGGUAACAAUAAUCUUUGCUUUGAUGUGUGAGUGACAGACAGAGACAGGGGCAAUCGCAGCAGGUCAGCACCAGGAUUUCUGAAUGUGCUGCGCCCAUGUUGAGUCCCUGCAAACCUCACAAACUUUCUGUUAGGAGACAACACGCCUGAUGUUGAGUUCCUGGGCCCUCUGUUCGCGGACGGACGGCACCACACACUCUUAUCCACACCGAGAGCGUGGGUGUGUGUGUCCAAACCUUCUCCACGCGUUCCCUUCCCUCGUCUCCUCCCUGCUCUGAGAAACAAGAGAGCCAGAGCCAGGCCAGCGCUUGCUGCAAAGCUCAAGCGCCGCAGCAAUGUCUCUGGCCCCGUCCAUCCCUUCCAUCAAGGUGAAGGUGGGGGCCGUCUCGGUCGCGCCGCCGCACCGCGCAUGCCGGUCCUUCGUGGUGAUCAGGAGCUCCAAGGCGGAGGGACCCAUCCGGAGACCUGCGGCGCCUCCGCUGUCGCCGCCGCCACCGAUGCCACCCAAGACGCCGGCUCUGUCCACUCCUCCCACCCUGUCGCAGCCUCCGACGCCCGUGAAGCCCGCUGUUCCACCCACGUCGUCGCUGCCGACGCCACCUUCUCCUGAGCUGAAGCCGGUUGAGGCCCAGGCCCCGGCGGCAGCGCUGCAGAGGCCGGUGGCUGGGGCUGUGACGCUGGAGUACCAGAGGAAGGUGGCCAAGGACCUGCAGGAGUACUUCAAGAAGAAGAAGCUGGAGGAGGCUGACCAGGGUCCGUUCUUUGGGUUCUUGCCCAAGAAUGAGAUUUCCAACGGAAGGUGGGCCAUGUUUGGGUUUGCAGUAGGGAUGCUAACAGAGUACGCAACAGGCUCGGAUUUUGUUCAGCAAAUGAAGAUCCUUCUCUCCAAUUUUGGAAUUGUGGACUUGGAUUAAUGGCGGACUUUUGGUGUUUUCAUUAUGUAUAAGUCUUUUAAAUGUAAUGUAAUUACUUGAUAUGUCAUAUAGAAAAUUUUAUCUUGCGCGUUGUUUGACUUGGUUUUCAUUGUGCGUCCUGUUUGGAUGGACAUCAAUCUCAAUUUCCAGUUUUCUUCGAUUA